UAUUUUGCUGUCUUUCUAUAUGCCUGAAGGACACACUGCGAAGACAAAGAGCAUUAUCAGCAUUACUGUAUGCUUCUAAAUUCUGAUCGGGCAUUACACAAGUUACUCUAGGGCCUUUCCCUAGCUGGCGUGCAACACACAACCUCACACACGAGUUUGUCUUCUGCAGCGUUGUAGUUGGACUGUUGGUUACUUUGCAGGCAGUGUUCUGCAGGGUAGUACAGUGCAUUAUACAUUUUCCUCUUGCAAAAUAUUUGUAACAGGUUUAUCUCCAGAGUCGUCUGCGUCUCAAAAAUGGGCAAAAAGAAUAAAAACAGAAAGAAAAAACAACAAGACAGGAACGGUGAACCCGGAGGAAGGAGUAAUGCUGGCUGGGGAGCUGGAUAUGCUGAUAUCAAGGAAAACAAACUUUUUGAACAGUAUUAUCAAAAGCUGAAAAUUGUUCCAGAGGGAGAAUGGGAGCAGUUUAUGGAGGCAGUGAGGGAACCUCUGCCUGCCACGAUUAGGAUUACAGGUUAUAAAAGCCAUGCGAAACAGAUUCUUCAUUACCUAAAGGAAAAGUAUUUCAAGGAAAUACAAGAUCUAGAGGUGGAUGGCCAAAAGAUAGAGGCUCCACAGCCACUAAGCUGGUACCCAGAUGAGCUGGCGUGGCACACCAACAUGAGCGGGACAAUUCUGCGGAAGUCACCCCUGCUAGAAAAGUUUCACCACUUUCUAGUUAGUGAAACUGAAUCUGGCAACAUAAGCCGACAAGAAGCUGUCAAUAUGAUUCCUCCUCUGCUGCUUAAAAUCGCGCCUCAUCAUAAGAUUCUAGACAUGUGUGCAGCUCCUGGCUCCAAGAUGGCACAAUUGAUUGAAAUGCUACACUCUAACAUGGAUGGUCCCAUUCCAGAGGGUUUUGUUAUUGCCAACGAUGUGGACAACAAGCGUUGCUACCUACUGGUUCACCAGGCAAAGAGAUUAAACAGUCCUUGUAUUGUGGUUGUAAACCACGAUGCUACCAACAUCCCAAGGCUUCAGAUAGACUGUGAUGGCAAAAAGGAUAUUCUUUUCUAUGACAGGAUUUUGUGUGACGUGCCUUGCAGUCGUGAUGGGACUAUGAGAAAGAACAUUGACGUGUGGAAAAAAUGGACAACAAGCAACAGUCUUCAUUUACAUGGGCUGCAGAUGAGAAUUGCAGUCCAUGGGGUUGAGCAGCUGGCAGUAGGUGGAAGGAUGGUCUAUUCUACAUGCUCUCUGAACCCUAUUGAGGAUGAGGCUGUUAUUGCAUCACUGCUGGAGAAAAGUGAAGGUGCCUUGGAACUUGCUGAUGUUGCCAAUGAGGUGCCUAGAUUGAAGUGGGUGCCUGGGGUUACAUCCUGGAAGCUCAUGACUAAAACUGGUCAAUGGUAUACAAAUUGGUCAGAAGUACCACAGAAUAGACACACACAGAUCCGUCCUACAAUGUUCCCUCCAACUGAUCCAGAAAAGCUCAAAGAAAUGAAGCUGGAGAGAUGCAUGCGGAUACUUCCUCAUCACCAGAACACGGGAGGUUUCUUUGUGGCUGUGCUUGUUAAGAAAGCCCCAAUGCCUUGGAAUAGAUGUCAUCCAAAGCUUGGGAAUAAAGGGACCGAGCCAGCAGCUGAAGCUGAAAAGACCCCUGCUGAAACUGCUGAUGAGGCAGGAGAAGCUGCGAUGGAGGACAAACCAAAGGACCUUGAGGCCUCUAGGGAGAGCACUGUCAAGCAAGAUGGAGUGUGUGGCCCUCCUCCGUCAAAGAAGAUGAAGCUGUUUGGCUUCAAAAAAAAUCCCUUUGUGUUCCUGUCUGAGGAUGAUCCUGUGUUCCCUCCAAUCCAGAAGUUUUACAACCUCGCACCCAACUUUCCCAAGCUGAAUGUGCUAACUAGAACUCACGACGGGAAGAAACUAAACCUGUACAUCGUGUCCAAGGAGCUCCGAAACGUGCUGCUGAAUAACAGCGAGCGCAUGAAGGUUAUUAACACAGGUGUUAAAGUUUGGUCCCGUAAUAAUGAUGGGGAACAGUCUGGAUGUGCCUACAGGCUUGCACAGGAGGGCAUUUAUUCUCUUUACCCAUAUAUUAAUGCCAGGAUCAUUACUGUAAGUGUAGAAGAUAUCAAGGUGCUUCUGACGCAAGAGAACCCCUUCCUCAGCAAACUGGGAGCACAGUCACACGCGCAGGCUAAGCAGUUGGAUAUAGGAAGCAUUGUAAUGAGAUAUGAGCCUGACCCAGAGAAUCAAGAUGCCCCACAGUGUCCCAUUGAGCUGUGCGGAUGGAGGGGAAAGAUUUCCAUCCGAGCCUUUGUUCCGAGAAAUGACCGCUUUCACUACCUCAGAAUGCUGGGGGUCGAGGUCUUCCAGGAGAAGAGACGGUAUGACCAUUUCGAAGCCAAGGCUGAGGGGCAGGAGGGAGGUUGUGCCCCAGAUUCCAUGUCCAUGGAAACGGACUUGAAAACCGAGAGCACUGAUAAGAGCCCCUAUUCUGCUGAAACUAAAUAGGGAAAAUAAAUAAUUUGCAGUGCCAUUUUAUAUUCUGUACACUGGUGUCAUCAAGGUGCAGUUGCAAGACAGUAAAAAAGCAGAGAAAGGAAAAGCUAUUUUUGUUAAUAUCUGUGUGGUUUUGUACUGUAUUGUUCGCAUACUUCCAAUCUUAUGUUUUGAACAAAGGAGUUAGCCCGAAGAAUUUGACGAUCUGCCUUCAUAGCAUACAAAAAGCAGAAGUCCAGGCACCUUCAAUUCAGAGAAUAAUUUUAGACCAAAAGUGACAACUUGAGUGGUCAUAAUGACUCUUGAUGUUUGUUUUAUUAUAAAUUGUUUAUUUCAAUUUUAUUUCUCCACAUGCAACAACUUCUAAAGGCAAAUUGAAAGCUUAAUAAAAUUAUAUCAGUAACUUGCAGUUUGACAAAUAAAGUACAGGAUGAGUUUA